UAUAUGUACAAGAGCCUUAGGUACACAAAUGUUGUGUACACAACCUUAUCGCUGUAAUGUGAGAGUUGGAAGGGAUCAUCAUCGAAAUCUGUGCCAUGAUGCAAUAUGUAAUGCAGAAGUUCUAUUAAGGAGGGGGUUGGUGUGUCUUGAAUGUGCUCUCUCUCUCUUUAUAAGAACUCUUGACAUUGCAAUUUGAUUCAUCUUUUUAUUAAAUUCCUCUACGACCACCACCCAACUUCAUAGUUGUGGUUUAUGGUUGGUUAUCCCUGCUGCUGCCAAUGCAAAUGUCCAAUCAGAUUUAAAUAAACAGGUUGGACUUUGGUGACAUUGGUGGGAGUGGGGGAUCUGGCCCCCUGUGAAGGCAACCUCUCAUUCACCAAGGAUGUGGUUGGUUUGUGUUGUGGUAAGGAACGGGAUGGAAGCAAGUAGUUUGCAGACAUCCAUUAUAUUGUGUAACCACAAAAGACAGCAUUAAACAUACUAUAGUUUUCAUGAAGGUACAUUUUCCUAAACAAUGUCUUGUGAAAAAUGUAUAUUCUACUGUGUGCUUGCUAUCAACUUGAUUCACACAAACUACUUCACAGCACCAACAGGAAAAGUCUUCCUUUAGGAUGGUUCAACAAAAACGUAAAGCAUCUGAUGAAGGGGAAGGUGUUGAGGAGACUCGUAAGUGCCCAUAUGUACCCAGAGAUAUGUCAGUAAGCACCGUGUCUUCAAAUACUAACUGUAAUUCUCCAAGUGGUGCUUCAGUUUCACCUGCCAAAGCAACAAACUCUUGUGAUUCAUCAGUUUCAAGAGUGAAGCAGGAAAUGGAAUGUGAAGUAAACAGUGAAACAGAAGAAACAGGGGAGGUGGAGGAAGAUGUUGCAGUGGACAUAGAUGAAAGCCAAGCACUGAGAGAGUUUGAUGUUCUUGAUGAAGAAGAUUAUGAUCAAGAUUCAGAAAAUCAGUCAGAAGGAAGUUUCGACUCAGAUGUUCCAGAUGAAGAAAUUGAGGCUAUGUUGGAGGAAGGUUUGCCAGAGGAAUUUAAGGGCAGAAGGAGAAAAAGUUUUGGUCAAAAAGAUGGUGAUGAUGCCAGCUCACGUUAUGAAGAAAAGGAGAAGAUUGUAUUGGAAGAAAUAGGACACAAUCACUUUGAUGUGCUACCAGAAGGUUGGGUUCAGGUUACACACAACAGUGGAAUGCCAAUCUACCUUCACAAACAGUCACGAGUCUGUACUCUUUCUCAGCCAUAUUUCCUUGGGCCUGGUAGUGCCAGGAAACAUGAAGUACCACUUAGCGCAAUACCAUGCCUGCAGUAUCAGCGAGCACUGGAGACUGAAGCGGUAAACAAACAGCAGAUGCCUACUGCCAAUUCUGAUCCUGCAGCUACCAACAUUAUGAACGGUGACAGGAAUUCACUGCCAAGUGCCUGCAUUGAGACCAUACAGGAGAACAAAGCAACACAGUCGCUAAAUGCUAUCCAAGUGCGGGAGUACUGCCAGAAACUGUUCCAGUUUAAAACUAUAAAGGUCCUCAGGUUCAAGUCUUGGUCUGACAGAAGAUGUUUUACCAAGCACAGAAAACACCAAAGACUGCAGAGACCAACACUGCCAGAAGGAACCAAACUAAUAAAAUUCCCUCUACCUGUUCAAAGUCAAGACAGUGGGAAAGGACAUCCUAAUGUGCGGGGGCCAAAAAAGGAAUGGAUAAUGAACCCAAAUGGCAAGAGCUAUGUCUGCAUUCUCCAUGAAUAUGUUCAACAUGCGCUCAAGAAACAGCCUUCAUAUGAGUUCAAGGAGUUAGAAAAUGCUGCUACUCCAUAUGCUGCAACAGUAACGAUUAACUCUAUGCAGUAUGGAGUUGGAUAUGGGACCAGUAAAAAGCAGGCAAAGUCUGAGGCAGCAAGGGCGACGCUUGAAAUUCUAAUUCCUGAAAUGAGGGAGAAGAUACAAGAAGACAAGCGAGUAGGGGCUCGUGGAACCAGCAAGAGCCAGGACACAGACCUCUCAUUUUUUGAUGAGAUUAAGAUUGAAGACCCUCGAGUAGCAGAAUUAUGUGCAAAAACUACAGAACCGUCACCAUAUGCCAUUCUUCUGACAUGUUUACAAAGGAACUUUGGUCUUGGCGAGAUGCACAUAAAAUAUGAGGUCAACACCCUCCGUCACCAGAAGAAUGAAUUUACUAUGACGGUUGGAAGACAUAGGGCCAAAGUGAUAUGCAAAAAUAAGCGUGAUGGGAAACAAAGAGCAUCACAGUCCAUUCUACAGGCGCUGCACCCUCAUAUCACAAGCUGGGGAUCACUGUUACGUUUGUAUGGUAACCGAUCUGUGAAGAGUAUAAAAGAGAAGAAACAGGAGGAGCAGGAAAUCACAUUGUUACAGAGCAAAGCUUCUAUCAACUCACCCAACUUUGCUAUCCUGGAUAAACUCAAAUCUGAGAUGAGGAAGCUUAAGGAGAUAAAGGCAGCCAUUCAACCCAUUGGCAAGUUUAUUCCACCUGAUGAUGUUGCACUGCCGUCUUCAUCUGGAGCUGACCUCAACAAUGUGGAUCUGUGAUGCCACGACCAGGACUGUGCUUUGCAUUAAUCUAGUAUGUCAGAAAAUUUUGAAGUAAAUACGUCUAUAUUGAAGGAUCAUUCGGCAAAAAAGGGGAAUAAAAAAGGGAAAUGAAAAAGUGUAACCUGGUUACCUAGGAAACUUUGUGUUUA